AUGAAGCUCAAGCCGUACAGCACAGAAUCACGCCUUUUCCGUGUCCAAGCUACCAAGUGCGUGGAUCUGGUGGUGGCUGACUCGGUCUUUAUGGGUGGAAAGAGCGACCCCUACGUCGUGUUUAAGGUCGGCGACGUCAAGUUCCGAAGCACCCAAAUCUGGGGUGACCUGAACCCUGUGUGGAAUGACGAAGUCCAUGAAUUCACCCUCACUGAAGGUGCAAUGUACACCAAGUCGCUUGAGAUUCUCGUGUAUGAUGCCGACAAGCUUGGUGACGACGAAUUGAUCGGAAGUGUAAAAUUGCCGUUGAUGCGAUUCGAGCAAAAGCUUCCGUCAGGGACUGAAGAAGAAUUCGACUUGGAAAUACCUCCGGAAUUCCAGGCCCAAGGGCACUCGAGCAAGAUUUAUCUCAAGUUUGAACUCUUAACCGAAGAAAUGGAAAAGGCGUCAAAGGAGCAACUGCUGUGGGAAAACGAACGCCUCGCUAAGGGCAAGUGGGACAAGGCGAACCUCACUGCUGGAGAGCGCAAAGGUUGGAGUGUGGGCGCUCGUUCGGGCGUGGACCGCGCUGCGAUGCAACCCAAGAUCCCCAAGGGCAUGGAAACAAAGCUCGGGUGGUCGUUGGACCUUGACCAUGGCGGCGAAGACGGAUGGUACUACGCCAAGUCGUUCGACGGCCCAUGGGUCAAUAAGCCGAACGGGUCGAGCGAAGUACGUCGACGAAUGUGGAUGCAACGAUGCACUGCGAUCGUUGAAGACAACGGCAGUAACCAAGACUCGCAUGAUGCUGUCUUAUCUGCCUAG